UAUCAGUGAAGCUGAAGGGUGGAUAAAAGGUAAAAUUCAACUUUAGAUGUUCUGUGACAGUUUGAUUUAUAAUUAGAAAUAGGAUCGUUUUGUCCAGCGAAUAAUGCCUAAUUGUUUCAAAUUUAUACAUAUGGUCGGGAUGUCUUAACCAGUAGAUUGUUCCUGAUUACCGAUUUACACUGGCAAAAUGUUUCUUGUGAUUUAUCUAGUGAUAGCAGUGGGAUCUGUUGUGCCAUCUACCGGUCAAUACCUGAACGUGUGGCAAUAUUCUGUAUGUGCCUAUCAGUUUGGAGGGAGGUGUUCGAGAUCUUGUAACUAUGGAGAACAUGCGCUACACCCUUACUAUUGUUUCUAUGGAUUGGCCCACUGUUGUGUUCCGCCACCAAUUAAUCCAGUAACAACACCAGUACCGACAGUCAAUACUGGAUCUGUAUCUCAGAGACAAGGAAAAUGCGGAGCCGCCUCCAUAACCCAGACACGAAUCUUUAAUGGCUAUACUGGGAGACCAUGUGAAUGGCCAUGGAUGGUUUCACUGCGUCAUAGUACCAGAGGAUUGUUCUGUUCGGGCGUUCUGGUGAACAAGGACACAGUAUUAACUGCAGCGCAAUGUUUGAUUAAUGCGCCUAUACAAGACAUCAAAGUCCAUCUGGGUGACUAUAACACAAACAAAUUUGAUUAUCCUGAAGUUGCGUAUCGUGUACAACGUAUAGACAUUAUGGACGGAUAUAAAUUUGAAGUUAAAGGAAAAAAUCUAGCAGCCAUCAAAUUAUCAACACCUGUAGAGUUUGAUAGGUGUAAAACACCAGCCUGUUUACCUGAUCCUUCCAUACCUAUAUCACCUGGUGGUAGGUGUUAUAUAGCGGGAUUUGGUCAAACGGAAUAUGGUGGAUCAUCAACUCUACAAGCCGCUGAUGUAACUGUUUUAGAUAGAAACAUCUGUCAGAAUCUAAUCCAGGUUUCUACAGGAGAACAGUUACCAGAUGAUGUCCUGUGUAGUAAUACAGCUGUAGAUUUAACAGAUGGUUGUCAGGGUGAUGAUGGUGGAAUGCUGGUUUGUCCUGAUUCUCAGAAUCGCUGGUCUUUAGCUGGUAUUAUAGGUUAUUAUAGCUGUAACCGUUUACCAACACUGUACACAAAUAUUACCAAUUAUACAGAAUGGAUUCUAGCCAGAUUAUAAAAUACAACACUGGCGUAUUAAACAAGAACAUUAGGGCUCCAUCCUUAAAAUGUCAAUGUAUUUGCACGUACCUCUCCUUCAGUUCUUGAUAUAUCGCAUGUCGUUAGAAAGCUGUGUUUAAAUAACUUUCGCCGGUCAAGACAGAGAUGCAUAUCGUAAAACACCGACAGGCCAACACAGGCCUUCGAUGUAUAUUUAGCUGUCAACGAAUCAUGGCUUCUUUAUUUGAAUAUCAGAAGACAUAAGAAUUGUCAUUAAUUUGUAAUAAAUAUGGUACAAUAAUGCA